AUGAAUCAUACAAGGAUAAUAACAAGAGGACGUAGACUAUGUGAUAUGGUCAAUAAUACGAGUACACAAAAUAGAAACUCCGAGACACCCAUUGAAAAUAACAAUGUUUCAUUAGAUGAAAUAGAAUUAAACAGCUUUCGUGAUUCAAGUCUCCGAAAUAUCACAGAGUCACCAUUGCCAAUAAGUUUUAAUGAAUCUGAAAUGAAAGAGUUGGCAAAUAUAAUAGAUGGAAACAUCUUUGACAACUUAGAAGUAGCAACAGAUUCUGAUACUGCAAAUCUUGAGACACCGCACCCUUCCCCCUCUUGUAGUAUCAAUCACUUGGACUACGACUAUGAUAAUGAUUUCUGCCCAUAUUAUAUACAAAAAGAAAAUUUAUCAGCGUUCGAUAUUAUACCUCAACCCUCACCAGCAUGGAUUUCUAGCUGCUCGACGUAUACAACCAUGAACAAUAGUCCGCUGUCGGAUAUUUCAAAUAAUAGUCCCACCACAAGUGACCGCCACCGUCGUCCAUCAAGGAAAGAUAAAGGUAAUGUAAGAAAAAGACAUUAUAAAUAA